AUGCCAUUUACAGACAAUGUCGACAAACAUGCUGAACAACGUGGAAAAUUCUUUAUGGUUCUAGCACUUGCCAGUCUUACAUCAGACCUUGACUCAAUUCCAAACCAAAUUUUGUCUAGUGCAAAUGUCCUCUCAUAUGACACUGUUUGUGAGCAACUACUGCGUCUCCCUGCUUCUUCUACUACUCCAACACCAGUUUCUCUCACUGAGAAAAGUGACUCUACGACCCUCAUCUCUAAUUCUUAUCAACAAUGUGGUAGAGGAGGAGGACGUGGAAAUAAUAGGACUCGGCCUCGUUGUAGCUAUUGCAACCAUUUUGGCCAUGUUAAGGCCCAGUGCCAAACGAAAGCUAAUCAAGUGCUGCCAAAAGUUGCUAAUGUUACUCAAACUGAAGCCUUUGACACAAGUGCUCAAAUCUCCCUUUCAACCACUGAGUAUAAUGAGUACCUACAGCUGAAGGCACAAAAGAAAACUUCAACACCUGUUGUCUCUGCUGUUCAGACUGAGUACUGGGACGACAAUUGGAGUAGGGCAUGA